AUGACCGGUUCACCAUUCUUGUCGCUUCAGAAUGAAUUCUAUAUACUCCAUUUGUUGUACCAUCGAAAUAAAAACCAGCAUAGAGCGCUGUGCUGGUGGAAGUACUUGAACAUGAUGCAUCGCCAUUUGAGAAGCAUCUUAAAGUUGCAUGGCUCAAAUUCGCCGGAGGUGGUCAGGGCAGUCCAAGAUUUCCAGAGAAGGAAGAUAUUGGACAAAUCGUAUUGGGAGUUUAACAGUAUUGUUGCCUUGGGUCAAUUUGUCGCUUUGGGUAUGACUCUUGUCGGGUUGGUUGCUAGGGUGUGGGUGAUUUUAGAUGAGAUAAGUCCGCGGGACAUGGUUGGGUUAGCUGACGGGCCGGCUAUAGCUUCGGUUUCUGCUUCUAAAGCCAAUGCAGCUGCUGGAAUUGGCAAGAACUUCCAAGGACCUCAGCUUCAGUCAAAUGUAGAAGUUGAUUUUGGGGAAGAGCUAACGGUUUCUGAUUCGCUGAUACUACUGGAACCAGUAGCGCCGGCUCCUUCGAAACGGGCACAUGAGCUUGACGAAUUUAGUGGUCCAGUCAAAAAGAAGUUGAAGCCAAGGGAGAAGAAGAAAAAGAAGAAGAAGAGAAAUGAAAUGGACGACAUUUUUGGGUGA